GGAUAUAAACGGUCUUCGGUUUUCUCCCUAAGAAACGCAUAAAAUUCAUCGAGAAUUCUUAUCUUUUCCCGCUCACAAAAACACACACACACACACACACAAUCAGAUUAUACAGGGAAAUGGAAAAUCAAUCCAAUGGAAAAUCCGAGUCCCAUCUCAACAUACCCAAAAUCAAGUUCACCAAGCUCUUCAUCAAUGGACAAUUUGUUGACUCUGUUUCAGGAAAAACUUUCGAGACGUUCGAUCCAAGAACUGGUAAGGUUAUCACGACGGUUGCCGCCGGUGAGAAAGAAGAUGUGGAUCUGGCCGUGAAAGCAGCCCGUGAAGCCUUCGAUCACGGCCCUUGGCCCCGCAUGUCUGGUGCCGACAGGGGACGAAUAAUGAUGAAACUAGGGGACUUAAUAGAUGAACACGUGGAGGAACUCGCAGCAUUGGAUUCCCUGGACGGCGGAAAAUUGUUUCAGAUGGGGAAGAUCGUCGACGUACCCUCGGCUGCUAAUAUGCUACGGUACUACGCCGGUGCCGCGGAUAAAAUCCACGGGGAGGUACUCAAAAUGGCAAGGCCGUUUCACGGCUACACUUUAAUGGAGCCCAUGGGAGUGGUGGCCCACAUCAUACCCUGGAACUUUCCGACCACCAUGUUCUUCUUGAAAGUGAGCCCCGCCUUGGCUGCCGGCUGCACCAUGCUCGUCAAACCUGCCGAGCAAACGCCGCUCUCCGCCCUCUUCUACGCCCAUCUCGCUAAAUUGGCUGGUAUUCCUGAUGGAGUACUGAACGUUGUGACAGGAUACGGAUACACUGCAGGGUCAGCAAUUGCGUACCACAUGGACAUUGACAAGGUGAGUUUCACAGGAUCAACAAAGGUGGGAAGAUCGAUAAUGCAGGCGGCAAGUGAGAGCAACCUGAAGCAAGUAUCGUUGGAAUUAGGAGGCAAAUCGCCGCUCCUAAUCUUCGAUGAUGCGGAUGUGAAUAAAGCCGUUGAUAUUGCUGUUCUUGGCAUUUUCUAUAACAAGGGAGAAACUUGCGCGGCGAGCUCCCGAGUUUUGGUUCAAGAAGGGAUUUAUGAUGAAUUUGUGAAAAAGAUUAUUGAAAAGGCGAAAUCUUGGGUUGUGGGAGACCCUUUUGAUCCUAAAGUUCAGUAUGGACCCCAGGUGGAUGAAAAGCAAUUGAAGAAAAUUCUGGAAUAUAUCGAGCACGGUAAGAGGGAAGGAGCCACAUUGGCGACAGGCGGCAGGCGUAUAGGCGAGGUGGGGUAUUACGUAGAGCCAACAAUCUUCACAGACGUCAAGGAACACUCGCUGAUCGCACAGGACGAAAUCUUCGGGCCAUUCCUCUGCGUCAUUAAAUUCAAAACGAUCGAAGAGGGAAUAAAGAUCGCGAACAACACAAAGUUCGGGCUAGCUGCUGGAAUAGUGACGAACAGUGUAGACAUAAUGAACACGGUUUCGAGGUCGAUCAGAGCCGGAACCAUCUGGGUGAACUGUUACUUUGCUUUCGAUUCGAGCUGUCCAUUUGGAGGGUACAAGAUGAGUGGGUUCGGUAGGGACGCUGGAAUGCACGCUGUUCAUAAGUAUCUUCAAACCAAAGCCAUCGUCACUCCUUUGGUCAACACUCCUUGGCUUUGAUCUCCCCUUUAUAAUUUUUUCUCUGUUGCCUUUCUACUCUCAAAUAAUUCACACGUUGUUGAAUGUGAUAUGUCCUAAUAUGUUUUAGCUAAUGCAUUCAAAUAAGUUUGUGUAUUUAU